AUGGCGCCGGCAGCCGGCGUUUCUUCCGUUACCGAUCUAGCACCGGCGGUACAUCCUUCAGCGAUGUCAGAGACGUUCGCUAAAAACGCGAUCAUCUCCUGGUUCCGAGGCGAGUUCGCGGCGGCGAACGCGAUUAUUGACUCGCUGUGUGGACAUCUGUCUCGGUUAGAUGGCGGAAGGUGCGAGUACGAAUCGGUGUUUGCUGCUAUACACCGCCGCCGGCUGAAUUGGAUUCCAAUUCUUCAGAUGCAGAAGUAUUUUUCCAUCGCUGACGUCACUCUCGAGCUCCAAAAAGUGACAGAGGAGAAGACGAAAUUGAGAGGUUCGGAGAGGAUUGAAGAAGUCGAUGUUUCUUCGCCGGUGAAAUUAGAGAAGCAACCUGAAAUUUUGGAAAUGGAAUCCACGGAUAGCAAUAGAAAUGGUGGUGCCGAGGCUGAUGACGAUGAUACCAGACUUAGUGCACCAACAAGCGAGAUAACCGAUACAGGAUCUGAAGAAGUGCAGCCAUUGGUAGAAACUGUUAAGAUAUGUUCAAACCAAGAAGAUUUGGAGGCCUGGAGAGCUCAGAUCAGGAUCAGAAAAGGGUUUGUAGCCAAGGAGUCUGUAAAAGGGCAUAUGGUGAACGUUGUAAGAGGUUUGAAGUUGUAUGAGAACAUACUUGGUGAUACCGAGUUAACUCGGUUAAUUGACUAUGUGCAUAAACUCCGAGUUGCUAGCAGAAACGGAGAACUCUCAGGUGAGACGUUUAUCACGUACAACCAGCAAUUGAAAACGAUCAAGAGAGAGGCUAUUCAGUUUGGAACUCCGAUAUUUGGACAGAUAAGAGAUGAAACUACAGGUUUUUACCAAGAUAGCCAUAUCGAGCCAAUACCAGCUCCUCUCGAAGGUGUCAUUAACCAUCUGAUUAAAUACCAUCUAAUUACUGAAAACAGACGACCAAACAGCUGCAUCAUAAACUUUUUCGACGAGGGGGAGUUUUCGCAGCCUUUCUUAAAGCCACCUCAUCUCGACCAACCCAUUUCUGUCCUUUUUCUCUCGGAAUCAACAAUGGCUUUCGGGCGUACUCUAGCCUGCGAUAAGGAUGGAAACUAUAGAGGACCACUCAUGCUCCCUCUUAAAGAAGGGUCACUCUUAGUGAUGAGAGGAAACAGUGCCGAUAUGGCUAGAAACGUCAUGUGUCAAUCUCCAACUAAAAGAAUCAACAUCUCAUUUUUUAGAGUCCGGAUAGACUCCAACGACGAAAAGACCUCAUCAGCGACAGCAACGGAUGAUGCCAUGACAGUGUGGCAGCCAGGUGUUCCAACACCAAAAGGAACCACUCUUAACGGUUAUGACUCGAUGGAUAAAGUCUCCAAAUGGGGUGCACCACAACUGCUAAUGUUAGCCCCGGUCCGGCCAAUGGUCAUGAGCCCGAGACGAUUACCUCGUGGUGGCACCGGUGUUUUCUUUCCAUGGAACGUUGGAUCAAGAAAAUCGGCAAAAUAUGUACCUCCUCGAGCCCAAAGAGGACGGAUUCUCGCACUUCCUCCAGCACCGGCUGAACCACACAAAGUGGACCCCGCCUCUGGUUAGACCAUAGCUUAUUCAGGUCAAGUCUAGGAGUCGUUUAC